UUAUUUACAAAAUAGAUGCAUAGGUAAUUUAUUAAACUCUUAAUAUAUGCCAUUUAGUGAGUAAAACUCAGGGGAUGCUGAGUGGAACUUUUGGGGAAAUCAAGUGAUAACAUACUUUCUAGAAGCAAUAGUAACAAUGAUUUGUUUACUGCCCUCAAGAAUAACAGAUAGAAAGAAAAAAGGUGACAAGAGGAUAGAUGGCAUGAAGGUGGACAAGAUGGAGACCACAUGGAACAUGAACCAUUUUCUGAGGUUUGUGGCUAGCUAGAUGUUGUGGUCCAUGUGGGUUUGUUCUGACUUUCUGCAGGUUUUUAUUAUGUGUAACUUUUGUUUAUGUUUUAUAAGGUUUUGCUAAUGGUAUAUUUGAAUCCAUGUCAUAAUUGGUAGUAUAUUACUUUACUGUUAUAGUCAAUUAAUCAAAAAACGAUUUAUUAAGUGCUUAAUAUGUAUCAAGCACAGUUCUAAGGCCUUACAUUCUUUUGGGAGAAAAUAUACAUGCAUAUUACACACAUAUAAAAGCAAAAUGAUUAAUGUGAUAAAGUACUAGGUGCUGGGAGAUCAGAAAAGCUUUCUUGCAGAAGGUGAGUUUUGAAGGAAGUGAGGGCAUUAUAUAUCCAUGAAUUAUAAUUUGUGCAAAACCACAAAGGAGAUGGAAUGUUCUGUGUAAGAAACAACACAAAGGCCCGAGUGAGGAACAAAGAGCAAUUUAAAGAGAAUAAUGCAUGAUAAGACUAAAAAGGUAGCGUUCAAGUUAUGAAAGAUUUUGAAGACCAAAUAGAGGAGUUUGUAUUUUAUGCUAGAGAUGUUAGGGGAUAACUGGAGUUUAUUGAGUAGAGGAAUGACCUGGUAAUAUCUGUGCUUCAGAAAUAUCACUUUGACAAUUAUGUUGAAGAUGGAUCAGAGAGAGGAGAAAAUUGAAGCAGAGAAAAUGAUUAAGAGAUUAUUGCCCAUAGUCCAGGCAAGAGAUAAUGACAAUUUGAACUAAUAUGGUGACUUUGUAAAGAGAAAGAUAGGAAUGGGUAUAAGAAAUUUUGCAGAAAUGCAUUCUAUAAUUGAUUAACUGUGUGGAAUGAGGGAGAGUUAGAAAUUGUGGAUGUCUUCAAGGUUAUUAACUUGGGUAACUGAAAGGAUGAUGGUGUCUUUGACAGAAAUGGGGAAACUUGGGAAAAGGAUUGGUUUGGUGGAGAAGGAGUUUUGUUUGGAGUAUAUCAAGUUUAAAAUGCCUAUGAAACAUCUAGUAUGAAAUGCUCUGUGGUAAUUGGUGAUGUGGUAUUGGGGUUCAGGUGAAAAUCUGGGAUUUAAUGUAUAGCUCUCACAAAGAUGGGCUAAAUUAAGCCCAUUAUGCUGAUGAGGUUACCAAAUGAAAAAAUUAAGAGAGAAAAAAGGAUCUUGGACAGCAUCUUUAUUUAAAUCUACACAUUGUGGGGUAUAAUAUGGAUAAUUCUUCACUAAUGAAAACUAUGCAGGAACAGUCAGGCAGAGGACCAAGAGGAAAUUGUCAAAAACAAAAAACAAGCUCAGAGAAUAUGUAGAAGAGAGUGGUCAAAACAGUAUGGAAUGCUUCAGAAUAAAUGAUAAGGUUAAGGAUUGAGAAAAGACCAUUGUAUUUGGUAAUUAAUAAAAUAUUCCAGUAUUUGGAGAGAGGUGUUGCAAUUGAGAAAUGGGAUGGGAAUCCAGAAUGCAGAAUAUUAAGUUAUUUAUCAUAUUAUCAAUCAUAAACUAAUCCUCUGGUCUAAUCAAAAGGUUUUGACUAUGUCAGAGUGACACCUAUAAUUGCUUUAGCCUCAUAUCCCAUUUGCUCCUACACUGAGUUUCCCCACUCUCCUUCACUCUCUCCGCUCUAAAGACCAUCCUUCAAUGCUGCCACUUCUCUUUUAUUAUCAGUUGGAUGGAUUCUCUAUGUCUCCUCUGCUGCUUCUGUUUCUUUUAUUUGCAUUUAUAUAAUUUUUCUUUUUUCCUCUUAUUUCUUGUCUUUACUUUUUUCCUUAAGGCUUUUCCAGUGCUUCUCAGUUUUGCAUCAGUUGGGCUUGACUUUGACAUGGUGACUUUUUUUAUUUUUAUAUCCUUCUUAGCACAACUGAAGCAAAGUCUUUUCCCUUUCUUGAAUUGAAUUAAGGACUAAAAUCAACCAGUGGGGCAAAUUAAAAAAAAAUGGUCAGGUCAUAAGCAAAAUUUAUCAUUCAAAAAUCUUAUGUCUUUGGAUCUUUUCUACAAGUCUAUGCUUAUCUUGGUGAUGAGGGUUGAAAUGAUAAAGUGUACAAUAAUUCAGUAACUGAAACAUUACUGGGGAAAAGAACGUUAUAGUGAAAAGAACAGUGUCCUGAAUGGAAAUCAAGAUAUCUGACUUUGAGCCCUCUUUCCGCUACUGAAAAGACAUUGACCUUAGAUAAUCUCUCUGAUUUCCUUUGACUUUAUUUCCAUUAUCCAUAAAUGAUGGGUCUGGUGCAGAUGAUCUCUAAGUUCCCUUUCAAGCCCUUACAUCCUGUGAUCUUAUAAGUUUAAUGACAAAGUAAUAUCUAUAGGCAAAUUGAAGUGAGUCUCCAUAUACUAUGUAUUCUAUUUUGCCUUAUCCCAUAUAACAUAACGAAUAGGGAGAUUUCCUGUUCUUAGAGCAGGUACUCAUCAUUUUUUAAUCCCCUAUCCAACACAGUUUUUCUCACAACAGCCAUUUCAUGUCAGUUGUUCUCACUAUUUUCAAAAGAAGCAAUAAAGAGGCUCUAUAUAACAGGCUGGCAAGAGAACUAGUUUGCAUAAUUCAUCCCCUUGGUUUUCCAGAUUUUUUCUCAAGGCCAUGAGUAGUGUUGUCUGAUUCCCAAUCUUUACCCUGCAGCAAACUUUUGCAAUCGAGGGUCUCUCAUAACCCUUUGAAAAUGUGAGUCUGAUGCCUUUGUUGGCACUUGUAAGGCCCCUCAGAUAAAAUGGAGGAACAUAUGGCUCCCAUCUGAAUUCAAAUUGCUGGACAUAACAUGGUAAUUCGGCUGAGAUAUCCUGUAUAUUGUAAACUGAGAGAGUGUGAUUAGAGGUGUUUAUAAACGGCAACUGAAUAUGACCCCCUCUCCGUAUUUCAUUCUCCCCGCCCCUCCUCCCCACCAGUUUCCCUUAGCUUGAAUCUUAGCCAUUGAGUGCCCCAGCCUUGCUUUGCUAUUUGUUAAAAUGGCCAGUGUGAGGAAUUAUUAAUUAAAGCUAACAAAUCACCCUGAUGAGCUGUGGCCUGGCAUGGCUGAAGGUUGAUUGGUGAAAGAGUUCUUCUGUGAAGAAAAGACUUUUUGUGCUCCUAGUGCAGCCAGGGACAGAUUACUGAAUGUGCAAGCUAGAAGAGAAAUCACAGAACAAGCCAAUUGAGUAUUUACUGGCAAAUAAUUGCUCUCUUAAGCUGUGGCUGUCUUCCUAAAUUCUUAACAUUCCCAAGGGCUAGAAACACAGAAAAAAAAAAUGCAUUGGUGCAGAGUACGUUAAAAACAUACAUAGAUCCAUGUUUCAGGCUUGUGCAGGACUUGCCUACCAGGCCCCAUUUUCCUUUCCUUUGCCUGACUGGGGAGGAGAGAGGAGGUUGAUAUUUCACUAGAAUAGCCAGAACACUGGUGCUUCAACAACAUUAAUUGGUUAUUCUUCACAGCGUCAUUCUGUGCAGAGGCUGGCAUUUUUCCCCCACGUUGUGAGAGAAAGAGAAUUGGCUGGAAUGAAACCUUGCUUUCCAUAUGGUCAACUUGAAAUGCAGCAUUGAAAAGCUCAGCAGUCAAUCCCUGAUCUGUCCCUGAAAGGUGUUCUCCCCUCCUCUUCUUACAGAUGCAGCUGCUUUCUAUUCCCUGUCCCAAUGAACAUCUGCACUAGAUCCCAGCCUUGGAGUGAUUUACCUGAAGAGUAACACCAUUUAUCUGAAAACUUUUGAAGAAACCCAAGACAGCUGAAAACCAGAAGGCAUCUGAGGAGAAUGAGAUUACUCAGCCGAGUGGAUGCAGCGCCAAGCCAGGCCUUCCCUGCCUGAACUUUGAAGCUGUUCCGUCUCCAGAUUCAGCCUCAUCCACUCAACACAUUCACUGACAAACUCAUACGCUCACACCGGGUCAUCUGAUUGUGACAUCAGUUGCAAGGGGAUGACCGAGCGCAUUCACAGCAUCAACCUUCACAACUUCAGCAAUUCUGUGCUCGAAACCCUCAACGAGCAGCGCAACCGUGGCCACUUCUGUGACGUGACGGUCCGUAUCCACGGGAGCAUGCUGCGUGCCCACCGCUGUGUGCUGGCCGCUGGCAGCCCCUUCUUCCAGGAUAAGCUGUUGCUGGGCUAUAGUGACAUUGAGAUCCCCUCAGUGGUAUCAGUCCAGUCCGUUCAAAAACUCAUUGAUUUCAUGUACAGCGGGGUUCUACGGGUCUCCCAGUCAGAAGCCCUGCAGAUCCUUACUGCCGCCAGCAUCCUCCAGAUCAAGACCGUGAUCGAUGAGUGCACACGGAUUGUUUCACAGAACGUUGGUGAUGUCUACCCGGUGAUUCAGGACUCUGGCCAGGAGACACCCAGGGGGACCCCUGAGUCAGGUACCUCGGGGCAAAGCAGUGACACAGAAUCUGGCUACAUACAGAGUCAUUCCCAGCAUAGCGUAGACAGGAUCUACUCAGCCCUCUAUGCGUGCUCCAUGCAGAAUGGCAGUGGGGAGCGCUCCUUCUACAGUGGAGCUGUGGUUAGCCAUCAUGAGACAGCCCUGGGGUUGCCCAGAGAUCACCACAUGGAAGACCCCAGCUGGAUCACCCGGAUUCACGAACGCUCCCAACAGAUGGAGCGGUACCUUUCCACCACUCCAGAGACUACCCACUGCCGGAAGCAACCACGCCCUGUCCGGAUCCAGACCCUGGUAGGGAACAUCCACAUUAAGCAAGAGAUGGAGGAUGACUAUGACUACUAUGGCCAGCAGAGGGUGCAGAUCCUAGAACGCAAUGAGUCGGAGGAAUGCACAGAAGACACAGAUCAGGCAGAAGGCACCGAAAGCGAGCCCAAGGGGGAGAGCUUUGACUCAGGGGUCAGCUCCUCCAUUGGCACAGAACCGGACUCUGUCGAACAACAGUUUGUAACUGGGAUUGGCCGAGAGGGUCAGCCAGAGCCUUCUCAGACCGAGCCAACUGAUCUCCCCACAGAAGGGGGCCAGCAGCCGCCCCAGCCCCAGCAGCACCCAGAUGCCAAUUCCUCUUCCCCAGAGAGGAACAAUGAUGUGGAGAUGGACAGUACCGUGCUCACAGUUAGCAACAGCACUGAGAAAGGAGUCCUGCAGCCUUCAGUCAACACAUCGAUUGCCCAACCAUUGCCAAGUACCCAGCUCUAUCUUCGCCAGACAGAAACCCUCACCAGCAACCUGAGGAUGCCCCUGACCUUGACCAGCAACACACAGGUCAUUGGCACAGCCGGAAAUACUUAUCUGCCGGCCCUCUUCACUACACAGACCGCAGGCAGCGGCCCCAAGCCUUUCCUCUUCAGCCUGCCCCAACCCUUAGCAGGCCAGCAGACCCAGUUUGUGACAGUGUCCCAGCCUGGCCUGUCAACUUUUACUGCCCAGCUGCCAGCCCCACAGCCCCUGGCCCCAUCUGCAGGCCACAGCACAGCCAGUGGGCAGGGGGAAAAAAAGCCUUAUGAGUGCACUCUCUGCAACAAGACUUUCACCGCCAAACAGAACUACGUUAAGCACAUGUUCGUACACACAGGUGAGAAGCCCCACCAAUGCAGCAUCUGUUGGCGUUCCUUCUCCUUGAAGGAUUAUCUAAUCAAGCACAUGGUGACACACACAGGCGUGAGGGCCUACCAGUGCAGUAUCUGCAACAAGCGCUUCACCCAGAAGAGCUCCCUCAAUGUCCACAUGCGGCUCCACCGAGGGGAGAAGUCCUAUGAGUGCUAUAUCUGCAAGAAGAAGUUCUCCCACAAGACCCUGCUAGAGCGCCACGUGGCCCUGCACAGUGCCAGCAAUGGCACCCCACCCACUGGCACAGGUCCUGGUGCCAGAGCUGGCCCCACCGGGGUGGUGGCCUGCACGGAGGGGACCACUUACGUCUGCUCCGUCUGCCCAGCUAAGUUUGACCAAAUCGAGCACUUCAACGACCACAUGAGGAUGCAUGUGUCUGAUGGAUAAGUAGUAUCUUUCUCUCUUUCUUACGAACAAAACAAAACAAAACAAAACAAAACAAAACAAAACAAAACAAAAAAAAAGCUAUGGCACUAGAAUUUAAGAAAUGUUUUGGUUUCAUUUUUACUUUUUUUGUUUUUGUUUUUGUUUUUGUUUUUGUUUCUUUUCAUUUUCUACUACAUGAAGAACUGUUUUUUGCCUGCUGGUACAUUACAUUUCCGGAGGCUGGGUGAAUAAUAGUUUUCCCAAUCUCCCUUGGAUGGUGGCCUUAAGGCCCGGUAGUGCUUCAGGAGAUCCACUGGUUGGAUCUCUAGCUACUGGCCUCUAAAUACAACCCUUCUUUACAAAAAAUUUUUUAAAAAAUUAAAAAAAAUUUUUUUUCACUUGUGAAGAGCACUACAAAAAAAAAAUAUAUAACAAAAUCUAAAAGGCCUACUGUCUUUAAGUACACCGCUUGCAGUGUUUCAGAGGACAUUUUCAUAAUUCUGGCCGUUUGGACUUCACAGUAUCCAGUUAAAACUGUGGAAUAUCACUUCUGGUUUUGAAACCCCAGAAAAAAGGCCCUGCUGGUUUCCACCCACCACAUUGUCUGCUUUCACAAAAGGGCUGUGAGGGUGGGAAGGGAGUAUGGGUUGGGUGGUGUGUGAAUCUUUGCAGUGUGGGAAAGGCUGAUUACAGGCUCUCCUCCUGGAUUCUACUCCAGUCCACGAUCCUUGGCCCUCCUCUCCAUCCCCCCCUUUCAGCAGAAGCCAGGAAGACUUGGACAGCCAACAAGCAACAGUGGCUAUCGUAUUUAUUCUGUGUGUCUUCUUCGCUGAGCCAGGGCCUCAGCACAAUCAAAAGGGACUUUCAUGAAAGGCAGGAAUGCAAAUAAAACAAAGAUAUCAGAGGUUUACACCUAUGGUUCUAGUACAAGAGAAGGAUUAUUUCCCA